GCUUAGCUUUGGUGUUUCCGAGAGGGCCUGUGUCGGAUGCUGCAUUAAAUCAAAUUGUUUACAGUGCAUGUUUUAAUCGUGAAUGGAAGUUGAUUUGUAUCGUGAAGAAAGUGCCGACUGCCGGGCGUUCGUCUCGCAACAUUGUAUUUCUCAGCAAUCCUCAUCCUCAUUAUAAUUUAACAACAAUGGCCGUCGAUCCUCAAACGUAUACGAAGAACUUAGAGGAACAUGAGUCUUCAAAUUACAUAUCGCUAGACAAAAGACGGGACUACGAAUGGCAAAUAGUCUGGCGAAACGUGUUAGCGUUCAUUUAUUUACACGUUGCUACUUUCUACGGCUUAUACCUCAUAUUCACUGGAAGGGCUAAGCUUUGGACCGUUCUUUUUGCCACAUUUUUCGCGUCCACAUCAGCUAUGGGAGUAACAGCGGGCGCACAUAGACUUUGGGCACAUAGAGCGUAUAAAGCAAGAUGGCCCCUCAGAUUGAUUUUAGCUGUCCUUCAGACUAUGGCGUUUCAAAACCACAUAUAUGAAUGGGUUCGUGACCACAGGGUACAUCAUAAGUUUACCGAAACGGACGCCGAUCCGCAUAAUGCAAAGAGGGGAUUCUUUUUCUCACACAUCGGUUGGCUGAUGGUGCGAAAACAUAAGGACGUGUUCGAAAAAGGAGCUUCAGUGGACAUGUCGGACCUCGAGAAAGAUCCUAUUGUUAUGUUCCAAAAAAAAACAUAUCUAGUGCUGAUGCCGCUGUUGUGUUUCGUUUUGCCGUCAUGGAUGCCAGUCUUGCUAUGGAAUGAGAAUCCCUGGUCUUCGUGGUACGUCGCGUCGAUCCUGCGUUACACAUUCUCACUCCACUUUACUUGGCUCGUCAACUCAGCGGCACAUAUCUGGGGCAAUCGACCAUACGAUAAAAACAUAGGCGCCACAGAUAACAAAACCGUCGCGAUCCUAGCAUUCGGAGAGGGUUGGCAUAACUACCACCAUGUAUUUCCAUGGGAUUAUAAAGCAGCAGAAUUGGGAAAUUACCGUACGAAUAUGUCAACUGCGCUCAUCGAUUUUGCGGCUAAAUAUGGAUUGGCAUACGAUUUAAAAACGGUAUCAAUGGAAAUGAUUCGUAAAAGAGUACGAAGAACAGGCGACGGAUCACAUCCACUGGAUAAGAAAAAUGAGUUGACCCACGAUAAUGACGAUCAUCAGCAUCCAGAAAAUCCCGUUUGGGGUUGGGAUGAUACCGAUAUGCCGGAAGAAGAUCGAAAACUUGCUGAAAUCGCUCACAAAAUAGACUGAACUUAAACCAAUUAAAUUGCUUGUAAAAAAUAUUAUUCGUCGAGUCGUUGAAGGAGAAAAUUUAGAUCAAAUGUUCAGAACCUUUAUGCUAGUUUAUUUAUAACUUUAAAACGUUGAGCAAAACGCUGAGAUCUAUAAAUUUACCGAGUAUGUCUUGAAAGAACUCGUAUAGAAUAUUUCAUUAAUUUCCGUUGUUAAGAAGGAUUUAAAGUUAUUUGAUGAAAUGUAUUGACUCGGAUAUGACAAAAAUAACCAUUUAGAUAUUAAAUGUAUACGACUUAAUACUGCUCAAAUUAUUUUAUGAUAAGGUUAUAAAAUUAAUUGUUAAAUAAAAGUUUUAAAAUUAAAGUCCUUUCAUAUUACGUCGAUGAUUUACAUCAGGUAUUUAUUGGUUAUGUUAUAGAUUGUAACCUUUUGCCUAGGCGGAACGCAAUAUUAUUUUUGUGUUCUGUAUAUGUGACUGUUUAAUAUUUACUAAGAUUCCUAGGAUAAUUGAGUUUAUUUGUGGUUGUGUUAAAGGUGAAGUAUAUAGUACAAUUAUUUAUGUACAAGAUAAAUGUAGUUUAUAAAUCGGAAUCGUGACUUAAUAAUCCCUAUUGCGUUGAGUAUAAUAAUGAUUCAAACGAAUAUAUAAAUAAAGAUGGAUUAAGGCUCUUAAAUAUUAAAUGUGAAAUUUAGAAGGUUUCGGUAAUGAAGAUUUGUUAUUUUGUUAUUCAUGAUAUAUUUGUACAUAAACAUUUUUUACCAAUAUCUGAAAUCCAGAAAUAUUCGUAAUUUUUUUUGGAAUUUGAAGAUUAAAGUAUUGUAUUGCUCAUAGAUCCUUUCGUCGAUUGUCUAUGUGAGCUUAAUAUAACUUUCUACUUCGAUAUAAUCGGGAAAUGUGUAUCAAUUUAAACGAUUACCUUUGAUUGUAUAUCUUGAAGUUAAUUUUAUUUUGCAGUAUUAACCGUUAAAUUCGAAUAAUAAGCGAUUUCUCAAAAUCUUGUAUAAUAAAAUUAUUACUGAGGUUUGCUAAUUUUUAACUCACCCAAUUAUUGUAAUAAUAUUUAAAGAAAUCGCCAACAUUAGACCUAACAAUAAUAAUAAUUUAUUCCUGUACAGCUGGUACAACGUUAUUUAUUUAUGUAGUUAGUGAUACUACAUGAUGAAGUUACGACUACAUAGUUGUUUGUGUUUAAGUGGUUCAAUGAUUGUAAGAUAUGACUAAUAAUAUAAGGGAAAUAUAAAUAAAACACAUCUUAAAAAAUUAA